AUGGCCCUCGCGUCCCGCGCGCGCGGUAUCCCCACCGCGUCGCGCGCGUCGCGCCGGCUCGGACGCGACGCCGCGACGACGCCGCGCGCGAGAACGACGACGCCGAGAAAUUCGAGAAGAUCGAAUCGGAGAUCGAGUCUCGUCGCCGUCCGCGCGCUCGCCGACGACGACGACCUCGAGCCAAAGCCUCGCGAGUACACCGGCGAACUCCGCGCGAACGCGCCGCUCGUCGCGGAGCGCGUCGUCGAGCUCCCCGCGAUGCUCUUCCCCGCCGCGGAGGUGCUCCUCCCCGGGUCGGCGCAGACGCUCCACCUCUACGAAGCGCGCUUCCUCGCGCUCCUCGAUCACGCGCGCAAUCGCACCGGCGGCGCGUUCGCGCACGUGACGUUCGCGCCCGACGACGAGGACGACGUCGACGGCGGGACGCGGCUGUGCACGAUCGCGACGCUGUGUCGGAUCGAGGACGUGGAGAAGGACGAGACGAGCGGCGUCGGCGCGGUCGUCACCGUCAUCGGCGAGAGUAGGCUCGAGCUCCGCGACGUCAGAAACGACCCGGCGGAUUCGACGCCGUACCUCGUCGGCGUCUUCGCGCCCGUGCCGGUGAUGCAGCCCGACGGUAGCAGCGCGUAUUUGCCGUCGGAGGAGGAGAUGGACGAGGUGGCGGACCUCACGGAGUACAUCGACACCGCGGUGGGCGACGUCGUCGCGCUCGCGGACGCGCUCUUGGAAGGCGAAGGCGCGUCCCAGUCAGUCCUCGUCGCACCGGUUUCCAUACGACCGCGUUGGCGUUGUGAACUUCAUUCCUUAAGGACUUUCUCUCCCGGCGUUCGUUCCUCUCCACCCACCCCUCGCUGCGCCGCGACGCCUCACGAAUCCGCCUGA